AUGGUCUGGGCCUCCCUGUGGAAGACUUUGGUCAUCCUGUGCCUGCUGCUAUCCAGCACCUCCCUGUCCCCCACGAGGGGGCAGGCCAAGAUUCCUCUGGAAACAGUGAAGCUGUGGGCAGACACCUUCGGCAGGGACCUGUAUGACACCGUGACCAAGUACUCGGGCUCCCUCUUGCUGCAGAAGAAAUACAAGGAUGUGGAGCCCAGUCUGAGGAUCCAAGAGGUGGAUGGCUUGGAGCUGGUGAGAAAGUUCUCAGAGGACAUGGAGACCAUGCUACGCAGGAAAGUGGAGGCUGUCAAGAAUCUGGUAGAGGCCGCCGAGGAGGCUGACCUGAACCACGAAUUCAACAGAUCUCUGGUGUUUGACUAUUACAACUCGGUCCUGAUCAACGAGAGGGAUGCAAAUGGCAAUUAUGUGGAGCUAGGGGCUGAGUUCGUCCUCGAGUCCAACGCACACUUCAGCAACCUGAUGGUGAACACGUCCCUCAGCAAUGUGCAGCUGCCCACCAACGUGUACAACAAAGAUCCAGAUAUUUUAAAUGGAGUCUACAUGUCUGAAGCCUUGAACCCUGUUUUUGUGGAGAACUUCCAGAGAGACCCAACACUUACGUGGCAGUAUUUUGGCAGCUCAACUGGAUUCUUUAGGAUCUAUCCAGGCAUCAAAUGGACACCUGACGAGAAUGGAGUGAUUGCCUUCGACUGCCGAAACCGUGGCUGGUACAUACAAGCUGCUACUUCUCCCAAGGACAUAGUGAUUUUGGUAGACACAAGUGGCAGCAUGAAGGGGCUGCGGAUGACUAUCGCCAGACACACUAUCUCCACCAUCUUGGACACGCUGGGAGAGAACGACUUUGUUAAUAUCAUUGCGUACAAUGACUACAUUCAUUACAUCGAACCUUGUUUUAAAGGGAUCCUUGUUCAGGCGGAUCGAGACAACCGUGAGCAUUUCAAACAGCUGGUGGAUGAGCUGAUGGUUAAAGGUGUGGGGGUUGUGGACCAAGCCCUGAGAGAAGCCUUUCAGAUCCUGAACCAGUUCCAAGAGGCCAGGCAAGGAAGCCUCUGCAACCAGGCCAUCAUGCUGAUCACUGACGGGGCUGUGGAGGACUAUGAGCCAGUGUUUGAGAAAUAUAACUGGCCGGACCGCAAGGUCCGCGUUUUCACUUACCUUAUUGGGAGAGAAGUCACUUUUGCUGACCGCAUGAGGUGGAUCGCGUGCAACAACAAAGGCUACUACACACAGAUCUCCACGCUAGCAGACGCCCAGGAGAAUGUAAUGGAGUAUCUGCACGUGCUCAGUCGACCCAUGGUCAUCAACCAUGACCACGACAUCACCUGGACAGAAGCCUACAUGGACAGCAAGCUCUUCACCUCGCAGGCACAGAGCUUUAUGCUCCUCACCACCGUGGCCAUGCCAGUCUUCAGCAAGAAGAAUGAAACGAGGUCCCAUGGCAUUCUCCUGGGGGUGGUGGGCUCUGAUGUGGCCCUGAGAGAGCUGAUGAAGCUGGCACCUCGGUACAAGCUUGGAGUGCAUGGAUAUGCCUUUUUGAACACCAACAAUGGCUACAUCCUGUCACACCCUGACCUCCGACCCCUGUACAGAGAGGGAAAGAAACUGAAACCUAAACCUAACUACAACAGCGUGGAUCUCUCCGAAGUGGAGUGGGAAGACAGAGCUGAAAUCCUGAGAACAGCCAUGAUCAAUGGGGAAACGGGUUCUCUCUCUAUGGAUGUGAAAGUUCCGCUGGACAAAGGGAAGAGAGUUCUUUUUCUGACCAAUGACUACUUCUUCACAGAUAUCAGUGACACACCUUUCAGUUUGGGAGUGGUGCUGUCCCAGGGCCACGGAGAAUACAUCCUCCUGGGGAACACAUCUGUGGAAGAAGGCCUGCAUGACCUGCUCCACCCGGAUCUGACCCUGGCCAACGACUGGAUCUACUGCAUCACGGAUAUCGACCCUGACCACCGGAAGCUCAGCCAGCUGGAGGCCAUGCUCCGCUUCCUGACAGGGGAGGACCCAGACCUGGAGUGUGAUGAGGAGCUGGUACGAGAAGUACUGUUUGAUGCAGUGGUGACCGCCCCCAUGGAAGCCUACUGGACAGCACUGGCUCUCAACAUCUCUGAGGAGUCCGAGCACGUGGCAGACGUAGCCUUCCUGGGUACCCGGGCUGGCCUCCUCAGAAGCACCUUGUUCGUGGGCUCCGAGAAGGUCUCUGACAAGAAGUUCCUGACCCCUGAAGAUGAGGCCAGCAUGUUCACCAUGGACCACUUCCCUCUGUGGUACCGCCAGGCCGCUGAGCAGCCCGCUGGCAGCUUUGUCUUCAAUCUCCGUUUGGCAGAAGGACCAGAAAGUCCGGGUGAGCCGGUGGUAGUAACAGCGAGCACAGCUGUGGCAGUGACAGUGGAUAAGAAGACAGCCAUUGCUGCAGCAGUGGGCAUCCAAAUGAGGCUGGAGUUCCUGCAGCGCAUGUUUUGGGCAGCCACACAGCAGUGCGGAGCUGUGGGCGAACCGUGCCCAGGGAGCUGCCAGGACAGUGACCUGGACUGCUUCAUCAUCGACAACAACGGGUUCAUCCUGAUCUCAGAGAGGUCCCAAGAGGUGGGAAGAUUCCUAGGGGAGGUGGAUGGUGCCCUUAUGACCCAGCUGCUCAGCACGGGAGUGUUCAGCCAAGUGACCAUGUAUGACUACCAGGCCAUGUGCAAACCCCCGAACCAGCAUCACAGCGCCGCCCGGCCCCUGGCCAGCCCCAUCUCUGCCCUCCUGACUGCAACCAGAUGGCUGGCAAAUGAGCUUUUGCUGUUCCUGCUGGAGUGGAGCACCUGGGGCUCCCAGUAUGCGGACACUGGGGCGGAGGCCAAGUCUGUCUUCCAUCACUCCCACAAACACAAGAAACAGGACACGCUGCAGCCCUGCGACACGGAGUACCCUGUGUUCGUGCACCAGAGGGCCAUCCAGGAGGCCAACGGGAUCCUAGAGUGCGGGGCCUGCCAGAAGAUAUUUGUGAUUCAACAGAUUCCCAAUAGUAACCUUCUCCUCCUGGUGACAGACCCCACCUGUGACUGUAGCAUCUUCCCGCUAGUCCUGCAGGAGGCUACAGAAGUCAAAUAUAACGCCUCUGUCAAGUGUGACAGGAUGCGCUCCCAGAAGCUCCGCAGGCGACCAGACUCCUGCCAUGCCUUCCAUCCAGAGGAGAAUGCCCAGGACUGUGGUGGCACCUCGGACACCUCGGCCUCGCUCUCCCUCCUCCUGCUGCCUCUGUGUACCUGGGCACUACCAACCCAACUGCUGCGGUGACACCUACCCAGUCUGACCUCUGUUUUGACGAGGUGAUCCUUCCAGAGACAUUUUAAAGAGUCAGCAAUUGAUGUGGGAUCUACUUCACUACAGUUGGGUUAUCACACAGGUCAGUGCUAUCUCAAUCUUGAGCUAAUGGUCACUGCCUCCUGAGGUUGCUGGAUGGAACCAGAAACCACUUCCCAAAGACCUUCCAGGAUGGCUGGUACCACCCACCCCAUCUUGAUGGGCAUUCUUCCAUCCUUCCUAUCUCCUCUUUGAGAGUCUAACAUGAGCUCAACUUGGACCAAGACAAAAGAAUUUAGUUCCAUUUAUUCUCCAGAAGUCCAGACCCACGAAAACAACAUCAGCCGUUUCUAAUGAAUUUGGUUGGUCUUCAGUAGAACCCAAGGUCUUAAAGGUAUUGAGAAAGAGGAGCAGAAUGAGACCAACAGCAAAAAUGAGACAAAGAGAAGAGGAGACAAAGCUUGAAAUAUAGCUUCCUCAAAGUGAGGCACAUGGUCCAGGCAGCUCGAUUUCCUUGCUGCUGCUCAAAAAAGUUCUAACUGUGUGUGUUGGGGG